AAACGGCUGUGGCAUCAAUUGCUUAUUCUACAAGCAAUGUUGUUUACGUUAUCGAAUCUAAUAAUCCAAAAUCAUCCAAUUUCUUAACUUCAAAAAGUGCUGUUACUAUAGAAUUAUCGAAAUUUCAACAACGAGAGAAAAAAAAUGUCUUUAAUGAAAUAACUGAAUUAGAACCUCUCUCUUCAAAUGCAGAUCCAUUUUCACAUUUACAUUCUCCUGUAUCAAAAGGUUCUCUUGUAUCUGUAUUUAUUCCUUCUGGUUUAUCAAAUGAUAUUUUAAUCCCUGCAAUACCACACCUUUAUAAACUCUCAAAUGGCCGAUGUGCUGCAUUGGUAAUUCAUGUCGCUAUCGAUCGUGAUAAAGUUAAAAAUAUUGAAGAUUAUACUGAUGUCAUGACUUUAAGGCAAACUGGAUGUGCUUUAUUACAUUCAACUGGUAUUCAGGAAACUUUAGAUAUCGCUUUGGUUGCUCAUUCUAUAGCAAUUAAAACUGCCGUUCCUGUUAUUCAUUUCUUUGAUCGAGAUUGUGCACAAUCGACUAAGAAAUUAAUUCAUUUAGGUAAUUUUAUUGGAAAGUUUAUAAAUGAGGUGGAUAUAACAAAUUAUCAUGUUCUUUUGAAAGCAACCAAAAAACAAGAUGAACUCUAUUUUAGAUCAUCUGAUUCCUCUAUACCUAAUGAUAAAACCACUGAUGAAUCAACUAAUGGUAGCAAUGACGAUAAAUUAGUACAUAAUCAUAUCGACUUUUUUUCGACCGUAGAAACCAUUUUCACUCAAUUCAAACAAGAAACUGGUCGAUCUUAUGGAAGCCUUGAAUAUAUUGGUGAUCCUAAUUCAAAAUUACUCAUAAUCACUCUUGGUUCUGGUUCAUCCUAUUUACAAAAAGUCACUAAUAAAAAUUCCAAAAUCGGUGUAAUACGGAUAAGGAUAUACCGUCCUUGGUCAGAGAAUCAUUUUCUUGCUAAUCUUCCAAAAACGAUUCAAAGGGUAGCUGUAUUAGAACAAGUUGUUGCACGUACAACUAAAUGGACUCCAUUAUAUCUUGACGUUAUUUCAGCGUUUCAAAAUCAUGCCCUUUGGUCAGGUGAAUCGCCGGCCGUUAUUAGUGGAAAGUAUGGAAUUUUUGAUAAAGAAUCUAUUGAUACUAAUAUUACAUCUUUGCUUGAAAGCUUCGAGUCAGAUGACUUACGUCAAAACUUUAUUGUCGGAAAUGAUGACUCAAUAUCUCAGCAAUUAAAUGGUGUAAAUGGUCAUUCGGCUCAUAUCAUUGAAGCACCGAAUAUUGAAAAACCAUAUCUCAAAAUGCUUGAAGAAGCCUUUAAAGAUCGUUUAUAUAUAGCAAAUUCUGGUCAUACUGAUGUUGUUAAAUCAACGCCUGAAUAUGCAUUCGGAGUUUUAAUCGCUAAACUUCACAAGCGUGCACAAUUUGCUGAUCUGGUUGCGCGUGCGAUAAAGGAUACUUCUAUUUCUAUUAAAGAACCUUUGCUAAAAGCCUUAUCACAAUGGCUUCUUUAUCAGAAUGAUACCGAAAAAUCAAAGAAAUUUGGUGAUGAAGCCAUUGAGUAUCUCAAGAAUUUUCGUGAUAGUCAUACGAUACUCUCAGAAAUUCAUAAUCAAAAAGAUGAAUUCACAAAACCUGCACAAUGGAUUAUUGGUUCAGAUGCAUGGACAUAUGAUAUUGGUGGAUCCGGUGUUCAUCACAUAAUUUCAUCCGGUAAAGAUAUUAAUCUCCUGAUAAUUGAUUCUCAACCUUAUACAACCCGUGCUGCUGUUGAUCCAGAAAAACGUAAAAAGGAUAUCGGUUUAUAUGCAAUGCAUUAUGGUGAUGUUUAUGUUGCUUCCGUGGCAAUAUAUUCAUCAUAUACUCAGGUCCUACAUUCAUUAAUGGAAGCUGAAAAGUUUAAAGGUCCUUCAAUUGUAUUGGCGUAUUUGCCUUAUCAUAAUGAGAAUGAUAGUUCAAUCACGGUAUUAAAAGAAACAAAAUUAGCCGUUGACAGUGGUUAUUGGUCAUUAUAUAGAUGGAACCCUGCAUUAGAAAAAGAAGGCAAGGAACCUUUUACCCUUGAUUCGGAGAAAAUUAAACAGGAACUUAAAGAAUUCCUUGAUAAAGAAAACCUUCUCACUCAGUUAACGCGUUCUACACCAGAAUUAUCUAAAAAUUUAACAAAUUCUCUUGAAUCAGAGAUCAAAUCACUUCAGAAAUCAUUUGCAAAAUCUGCAUAUGAAAAGUUAUUAGGUGGUUUAUCUGGUCCACCACUUUUGAUUCUUUUUGGUUCUGACAAUGGUAAUGCGGAAGGUCUCGCAAAAAGAUUACAUAGUGGCGCUAAGGCCCGUGGUGUUAAUUCACGUUGUAUGCCAAUGGAUGAUUAUUCCAUUGAAGAAAUUACUUCUGAAAAAAAUGUAGUAUUUGUUGUUUGUACGGCUGGUCAAGGAGAAUUUCCUCAAAAUGCCCGUGAAUUUUGGAAAACAAUUUCAACUACAACGGAUAUUUCUUUUUCAGAAACUCAAUAUGCUGUUUUUGGUCUUGGUGAUAGUAAAUAUUGGCCAAGAGAAGAAGAUAUAAUUUAUUAUAAUAAACCUGGAAGAGAUUUAGAUAAUCGAUUGGAAAUUUUAGGUGGAAAAAAACUUUUGGAUCUUGGAUUAGGUGACGAUCAAGAUGCUGACGGUUAUGAAACAGCAUUCCAGUCAUGGGAACCAGAACUUUGGAAGGCUUUAGGAGUUGAACUUCUUGGUACUGUCGUUCAAGAGAAAAAGAAAACUGAUGAUGAUAUGAAAGUUGAAUCAAAUUUUUUAAGGGGUACAAUUAGUGAAGGCUUGGAAGAUACCUCCACUGGGGCAUUAUGUGAAAGAGAUACAAAAUUAACAAAAUUCCAUGGAAUUUAUCAACAAGAUGAUAGAGAUCUGCGGGAAGAACGAAAAGCACAAGGAUUGGAAAAAGCUUAUUCAUUUAUGGUACGUGUCCGUGUUCCAGGUGGAAUUUCUACGCCCAAGCAAUGGUUACAAAUGGAUGAAGUUGCCGAUACACUUGCGAACGGUGGAUUAAAAUUAACAACUCGACAAGCAUUUCAAUUGCACGGUGUUAUUAAACGCAACUUGAAAUCUACUAUUCGUGGUAUUAACAAAUGCUUGUUGGACACAUUAGCUGCAUGUGGUGAUGUUAAUCGUAAUGUCAUGUGCAGUUCUAAUCCUUCCCUUUCUGAAGUUCAUGAACAAGUACAGGAAUUCUCAAAGAAAUUAAGCGCUCAUUUGUCUCCUAGAACAACAGCAUAUCAUGAAAUUUGGUUGGAGGAUAAAGUUGUUUCUGGAAAAGCUGUACAAGAUUUUGAACCAUUAUAUGGUCCAACAUAUCUUCCACGUAAAUUUAAGGUUGCAAUCGCAGUACCCCCUAAUAACGACGUGGACGUGUUUGCACACGACUUGGGGUAUAUAGCAAUUGUAGACAAAACUAAUGGAAAAUUGUUAGGUUACAACGUUAGUGUUGGUGGUGGUAUGGGAAUGACUCAUAAUAACAAGAAAACUUAUCCACGCCUUGGAGAACUUCUUGGUUUCUGUACUCCUGAACAGGCCAUUGAUGUCGGUGAAAAAGUUAUGUUAGUUCAAAGAGAUUUUGGGGAUCGAAUCAAUAGAAAACAUGCACGCCUCAAAUAUACUAUUGAUGAUAGAGGCUUGGAUUGGUUCCGUUCCGAAGUCGAAACCAGGCUAGGAUAUAAGCUUGAACCACCACGUGAAUAUACCUUUGAAAGCAACGCAGAUCGAUAUGGUUGGACAAAAGGUUUUGAUAAUAUGUGGCAUUUUUGUCUUUAUAUUGAAAAUGGUGUCGUUAAAGAUUUACCUGGGUCUCCCAUUAAAACUGGUUUACGUGAAAUUGCCAAAGUACAUAAAGGUGAUUUUCGAUUAACAGCUAAUCAGCAUCUUGUUCUUGGCAACAUCACCAAAGAGAACAAAGCACAAAUUGAAGAACUGUUGAAAAAAUAUAAGUUAGAUAACCUGCAGCAUACUGGACUUCGAUUAAACUCCAUGUCAUGUGUAGCAUUGCCAACAUGUGGUUUAGCAAUGGCAGAAUCUGAAAGAUAUCUUCCCUUGCUUGUGGAUAAAUUAGAAUCCAUUAUUAAUGAAGUUGGUUUAAACCAAAAUGCGAUCACGGUUAGAAUGACAGGGUGUCCUAAUGGCUGUGCACGUCCUUACGUAGCAGAGAUUGCCUUUGUAGGAAAAGCAUUAGGAACAUAUAAUUUAUAUUUAGGAGGAGGUUUUCAUGGCCAGAGAUUGAAUAAGUUAUAUAAAGAAAAUUUGAAAGAGGAUGAUAUCUUGAGAGAGUUAAGACCGAUUUUAGAACGGUAUGCAAAAGAAAAAAUAAAUGGCGAAAAAUUUGGUGAUUUCGUUAUUAGAACUGGCUAUGUUAAAGCUACAAUUGCCGGAAAAGAUUUUCACGAUUUGUAA